UGAUAAGUAUUCUGUCCCUCCCCCUAUACCUGCUGUUGCUUCAUAUCUGAUGUGUCAAAUUCUGUUUCUCACACUGUGUUUUGGACUUUACCUGGCAGACGAGUGCAGACAAGUAAUAACAGAUACAGCAACAACAGGUAACUGGUGACAUUUUUUUUAUCUCCAGGUGAUACAGCUGUGCAGUACUUCCUGAGUACCUGAGGUCACAUACUGACGCUGUGGAAGAAGGAGACAGUCCUCCUGUCUACACAUCUCUCUCUCACCUCCUCGCAGCUCGGUCCUUUACCCACCCGACUUUAUCAAAUCAAGAUGAAAACGUUAUUUUUGUUGCUUCUCUUCUGUCACGUUUCAUCAGCAGUGAAACACUCACUGAAGUUUUUUGUAACUGGAUCCAGUGGAGUCCCAAAGAUACCAGAGUUUGUGGCAGCUCUAGAAGUUGAUGGAAGUCUGGUUGUUUACUGCGACGGCAACAAAAAGAUAUUAGAACCAAAACAGGACUGGAUGAAAAAAAUAUUUGAAGAUGAUCCUCAGCACUUUGAGCAGUACACUCAGCAGUGUUUUGAGAAUGGGCCAAACAUAUUCAAAGUGUGGAUUAAUAAUUUGAAGCAGCGCCUCAACCAAACGGAAGGUAUCCACAUUUUACAGGAGAUGUUUGGAUGUGAGUGGGAUGAUGAGACUGGAGAGGUUAAUGGUUUUAUUCAGUUUGGUUAUAAUGGAGAAGACUUCAUAUCUCUUGACCUGAAGACAUCAACAUGGAUCGCUCUGAAACCUCAGGCUGUCACCACCAAACUGAAAUGGGAUACUGACAAAGCUAUAAUAAAAGACAGUGAGAAUUUCAUCACUAGGUUUUCUCCUGAGUUCCUGAAGAAGUAUGUGUCCUAUGGCAACAGCUCUCUGCAGAGAAAAGACCUUCCCUCAGUGUCUCUCCUCCAGAAGACUCCCUCCUCUCCAGUCAGCUGCCACGCUACAGGUUUCUACCCUGACAGUGCCACACUCAUCUGGAGGAAAGAUGGAGAGGAGAUUCAUGAGGACGUGGACCACGGAGAGAUCCUCCACAACCACGAUGGAUCCUUCCAGAUGAGUGUUGACCUGAACCUUUCAUCAGUCACACCUGAAGACUGGAGGAGGUACGACUGUGUGUUUCAGCUCUCUGGUGUGAAGAACGACAUCGUCACCAAACUGGACAAAGCAAAGAUCAGAACCAACUGGGGUAAGCCUGGGAUCAGAAUUGACAAAGAGGAGCCCAGUAACAUCACCAUCCCGAUUACUGCUACAGUGGUUGUUCUUGCUGUCGUCCUCAUUGCUGUGAUUGGAUUUAUCGUUUACAAAAAGAGAGCCAAUCGCCCUCCACGUCCUCCUGAAAACAGCACUGAGCUCUCUGAGAAACUGAAUCCAGAAACAUCACGAGCAAACACACCACCCUGCACACAGUGACGUCAUGUGGGACAACAAAACAGAGAACCUAACACCUCCAGUUAAAGCAGUUUAAUAUUGUUUUGUCGUUCACUGUAAAACCUCUGAAUCACUUUAAAGCUGCAAAGAAAAUAUCUGACAAAGAGCUGGUUUCCUAUGACCAACGGUAGAUAAAGAUAAGUGAGGUUAUAAAGAGGAAAAACAAGUUAAAUAAGGCAUUGAUGCUUACAGUAGAAAAUAAAUUGAAGGAAUAAUCCUUUAAAAGCAGCCAUCUGUUAAAAUGUUGUAAGAUUGUGAAUAUUUUAGAUCUCAUUGAAAUCAGAAUCCUCAGGUACUGAUACAAUGUUAUAACCUUUGUUGAAUUGAACUUUCCAAAUAUUUCUGAUGAAGUUAAUUCUGUUUUAUCUGAUUAUUCUCUCCGUCUCUUCAGGUUUGUGGUUCACAAAAUGAUCUCUAAUGAUAUCAAACCAUGCAGGUAGAUGUGUUUGCAUUUGUGAUAACAGACAAAGUCCUGUUUGCUCAGAAUAAUCCAUUCAUUCAUAACUCCUUCUUCCAAAUAUAAAAACAAUCAAAACUUAUUAUAAAUAUUCUGCUUGUAUAUUAUCAUCUGUAAUUAAAGCUUUUGUUGAAACCUUUAAA